UCAUAUUCUGACUCUGUUUCUCAAUUUAGGAUCGGCCAUGGCGAUUUCUUUAACCAAAUUCUUCUUCGCCAUUCCAUUGAUAAUGCUCACAAUGUGUUCGACGAUUUUCCGGUCUGGAAGUUCGGCUGGAUUCGAUUAUCCGGCGGUGUUCAACUUCGGCGAUUCAAAUUCCGAUACCGGCGAACUCCUCGCCGGCAAAGGGUUCAGUCUCCUGUUGCCUUAUGGAGAAACGUACUUCCAAAGUCCUUCUUCUGGAAGGUUCUGCAAUGGCCGCCUCAUCAUUGAUUUUCUCAUGGAAGCAACGGGGCUUCCAUAUUUGAGGGCGUAUUUGGACUCAGUGGGGAGGCCGAGUUUUAGAAAAGGAUGCAAUUACGCAGCUGGUGGUUCCACUAUUCUUCCCGGAACGGCUGCAUCUAUUAGCCCUUUUUCCUUUGGGGUUCAGAUCAACCAGUUCAUCCAUUUCAAAUCUAGGGUUCUUCAACUUCGAGCCCAAGGUGAUAAGAAAAUUGGGAAGUUUCUACCAGUAGAAAAAUACUUUAAGGAUGGAGUUUACAUGUUUGAUAUUGGCCAAAAUGACCUAACAGCAGCAUUUUACUCUAAAGCUUCUAUGGAUCAAGCAAUUCCUACCAUUUUAACUGAGUUUGAGAUUGGUCUUCAGAAACUGUAUGAGCAAGGAGCAAGAAAUUUUUGGAUCCACAACACUGGCCCUCUAGGCUGCUUGGCUCAAAAUAUUGCUACAUUUGGAUCUGACCCAUCAAAGCUCGAUGAAUUUGGCUGCCUCACUUCACACAACCAAGCUGCCAAACUCUUCAAUUCCCAACUUCACGAUCUCUCUAAAAAACUACAAUCCCAAUAUGUUGAUGCCACCGUCACGUAUGUCGAUAUCUACACGAUAAAAUUCAACCUCAUUGCCAAUUAUUCUCAAUUAGGUUUUGAACAACCUAUUAUGACUUGUUGUGGCUUUGGAGGUCCUCCGCUAAACUACGACAGUCGACUCAGUUGCGGGCUAACGAAGACGUUGAACGGGACGGUGGUGACGGCGAAUGGGUGCGACGAUAGCUCCAAGUAUGUGAAUUGGGAUGGAGUUCAUUACACAGAAGCUGCAAAUGAGUAUGUUUCAUCACAAAUACUCACUGGAAAAUAUUGUGAUCCACCCUUCUCAUCAGUUCAUCAAAAAAUGCCUUUCUUUUUCAAGUACUUCAAGUUCUAGUAAUUUUGGUAUGCAAUUUGGAUUAGAUGGAUACAACUUCAUUUCUAUCAUACAUCGUUAUCAUAACCUUGUUUGUAUUAUAUAUAAAUAUAUAUGGUAAGAAUAAUUCAAUUGAGGAUUUGAAAAACUAUGAUCUCUCACUAUAUUGUGGUGGUGUAUGAUCAAUUUUAUUAGUGACAUGUCCAAUAUAUACAUGUUUUGGGAGUGAUGAUAUUUUAUGUAC